GACAUCACUAGACGUCUCCAUUUGAUUUGACCGCUCAUUCAGAAACGAAGACACAUAUAGGAUUGUUUAAAUAUUAACUAAUGAGUUUAUUUUUAGCAUUUUAUAUUUUUAAGAUCUUUGUGACGUUUUAAUUAUGAGAAUGAGUGAAUUUAGUGAAAACAGACAGCGGGACUGAAGGUGAUAAUAGGAGUUACUAUCUUUGCAGCCAAGUCUGUGAAAUAUUAGAGAAUGGUAGAAAAUAAAGGUGCCAUAAUGACAGAAGGUACAGACCUACCACCGGACAACAAAUCGGCAGUAGAAGACCAAAUAUCAAACGUAACGGAAACAUAUAGAAAGCUGGAGGAAACUGUGGACAUAGAUAAUCAAAAACACAACCAACAUAUAGACACAGAGGCCAAUACAAAUGAAGAUACGAAAAAUGUAACAAACAAAUUAGAAUUUAAUAAACCAGAUGAAGGGAAUGCAACUUUAUCAAAUUACGUACAAAAUAUAAUGAAUACAAACGGUGGUCUGGCAAACGAUAAGGCCGAUAAAGAUGCGACUCUGCUGGCUGAGUCGAGGACCAUUGUCAGAUUCUCACCAGUUAUGAGACAGUCGCUAGCAGCCAUGUCGUCCAUCUUGCUUAGCUUCACGGCGGGGCUCACGUCAGGGUACUCCGGAAUACUCCUGCCUCAACUGGAACGGCCAGGGAGCCCUAUACUCAUUGACGAGACCACCAAGUCUUGGAUUGCUGCAAUGGCCGCUUUACCGAUGGCUCCAGGCUGUCUCAUCUCUGGGUGGUUAAUGGAGAUGUUUGGUCGAAAAACCUCACACUACAUCUUGUGUGCGCCGUUCCUUAUUGGCUGGGUCCUAAUAUCUUGCGCAAACAAUCUAACCCUCAUGCUGCUAGGAAGGUUUUUCACCGGAUUCUGUGUAGGAUUAUUAGGCCCUCUUGGCCCUGUUUACAUCGGUGAAACAUCUGAUCCAAAAUACAGAGGAUUCUUCCUCGCAGCAGUGUCAUUAGCAAUAGCUAUUGGUAUCCUAGUAGCACAUUUACUUGGCACAUUCCUAAGCUGGCAAAUCACGGCUGGUAUCUCCGCUAUAUUCCCAGUUGUAACUGUAGUCUUACUAACCUUUAUCCCUGAGAGUCCUACUUGGCUUAUCAAUCAGGGGAAAGUUGAGGCAGGUGCUCAAGCUUUCACGUGGUUAAGAGGAGCCACUCCCGAAGCCAAUGCGGAGUUAAAAGGACUAAUAGACAAGAAGAAAUUACAAGACUCAGAGCCGAAAAUGAGCAUGAAAGAGAAGUUGAUUAGUUUAAAGAGUCCUGAGCUUUUGAAGCCUUUGGGAAUCAUGAUAUUGUUUUUUGUGACUUGCCAAUUUUCCGGAGUGAACGCCGUGGCAUUUUAUUCUAUAGAAAUAGUUGAGAAAGCGGUUGGUAAAGGUUUGGAUCACUAUAUGGUAAUGCUGAUCAUAGAUGCGUUAAGAACAGUCGCGUCAGUGAUAGCGUGUGUUAUCUGUAAACAAUAUGGGAGAAGACCAUUAUGUUUCAUCAGUGGGAUAUUUACUGCUUUAUCGAUGGUUGCAUUAUCGAUGUUUUUACAUUGGAAACCGCCCAAUAUGGCAUGGCUACCACUGAUAUUCUUGAUGGUAUACAUUUGUGCUAUUUCUAUAGGAUUAGUUCCAUUGCCCUGGAUUAUGUGUGGAGAAGUAUUCCCUGCGAGAGUAAGGGGUCUAGGAUCUGGAAUCAGCUCAGCUACAACUUUUCUGGCUUUCUUCGUAGUUGUCAAGACAGCACCAGCUAUGUUGUCUACAUUCGGAGAAGUUAUCACAUUCCUUAGUUAUGGACUUGUAGCUAUAAUUGGAACAGGCAUAUUGUACUUCAUUCUCCCGGAGACAAGAGGAAAGAGCUUGCAGGAAAUUGAAGAGAAAUUUAGAAGGAAAAGGUAAAAGUGAUCCAUAGAAUUAUAAAAGAAUGACGUUAUACUUAAGUAUAGAAGGAGUGACAAAGACAAUAAAGUGACGGAAAUUGAUAAACUAAAUCAAUGCUUAGAUGUAAAGGGUGAAAUUGUGGAAGAGAUACUUAUAUUAAAAAAUACAUUGCUUAAAGCAAAAUAAUUUUAAUCUGUGAUACUCAAUGUUGUCAUAUGUAUUGUAUAUGACAUUAAUUACAUAAUAUUUUUUGCCACAUAUGUGUUAUUUAUUUUAUAUAAGGUAAUGCUGCCAAAUUUAUAGACAUAGGGAAACUCAAACAAUGUAAUUUUAAUCUUAUUAUUUUAUUGUAACAAAAUGAUGAUACGAAAUAUAUGUCUAUGAAAAUAUUUAGAUGGCACAUUUGAUUAGUCAUUAACUUUUAACUAAAAAUAAAUGCAUUUGGUACAGAAACAAAACAAAAAGCGACAAUGGGCAUGAUGAAAAAAGUUAUACCUACUACCAUGUGUGACUGGCCUAACGUAAUAUUAGUUCUAUUAUUGGACUAACAGUAUAUAAAUUUGUGUGAUCCACUUUUCAGAGUAGUGUUGUCGAUUAAAUGAUGUUACAUCGUAAGAUCAAGUCCUAAGUACAAGUCCGUUGGAGUUAUCACUUUAAGAAAUCUCAAAAUGACAAGGUUACGUGAAGUUUUAGAUCUGUCUGGUGUACUGCCAUCGAUGUUUGGUGAAUUUUAUGAAGUCCAAGAAUUUGUGUUAUUUAUUGAAGAAAUUGUAAGUAUCCACUUAAAGAUAGAUAUAUUGAAAGGUUAUGGCUAGAUAUACAUAAUUUGACGACGAUUGAAGAUCCAAUGUAUAAAGAUGCCAGCUCAUUAAUUGUCGGAGGAAUAGAGCAAAUAAAAUUUAUAUCCUUAAUGUAGGCAAAAUCAGAUCACGAAGUCGAAGUUUCGAUUGCCAUUAGGUGUACAAUGAGGUACAUUUUGAAGGUCUCUAUUUGGACCUUGGCUUGACGAGUCUGGAAGAGGGAGGGGCGAACUUGGCGAACCCUUGCUGGUCGAACACUGGGAGCAGAUCCCGAACCCUCGCUGACACCGUGCCUCCAGUUACUCUGUAAUAACAUAAGUUUUAAAUUAGAUAGGUACUUAUCUGCAAUUAAUAUUAUUGAUCAAAUACGAUCUUUAGAACAACCUUGUCCACACAAAAUUGCAAUAGUAUAAUGACAUAUAAUUGUCUCUUAAAGAUUCACUUUAACUUCAGCUUAAAAUAUUUCACUCGCUGGUUCAGUGGUUAAGACGUCCGCUUAUGAUUGGUACCAGGUUCGAAUCUAUCGUAGAACAAAAUUUAGGACAUAUUUCAAUAGUUGCUGCUGCUUCGAAUUAGUGGCUCCUCUACUUCCACACUUUAAAGAAGGAGGCGACAGAAUAACAGACUGUAGGUAUUAGAAAAUCAAUAUUUAUCAAAAACAGAAUACAAGUACCAUUAUAUUGAGCCUUUCAUGUCUGUUGCAGUAUCAAGAGAAAUCAAAAUGUAAUGACAAUUCUACUGAUCUCACCUAAUCUCAUUCAUCUACAGAGGAUGAAAAGAAAAAUUGAAAUUUCAUAGCUAACCUGCUUGGCUUAAUCAAUUUGGCUGCUUGCGCGGGCGUGGACAGUUCCGUCGGGAAGUAUGUAGCUCCGUAGAAGUCUAGUCCGUUUUGGAGAAGAAUGUUAGCUUCCUCGAUGUUAGCCAGGGUGACGCGGAUGAGGCUGGUGGCUUCCUUGGGGAUCAUGCUGCUGACCAGCUCGCCGUCUAUGGUGGUCAGCGCGCGGGGAGGAGUCUUGUCUAUGGGCUUCGGAGUGGAAGUACC